AUGAGUGAUGCCGCCUUAUCAAGGAUAGCUAAUCUUAUCAAAUUAGAGGAUGAUUUGGUGAAAAUACCUACAUUGAGGCAACAAUUUACCAAGGAAAAAUCGUCAAUUGAUGUGAAAUUGAACACUACUGUUCAACAACAGAUUGAAUCGAUAACUUCGAACAUGUACAAAUUGAAUGAAUCGGCUACCUCUCUUAAUGAAAUCAAGCAUAGUUUGAAUAAGAUUGGAUCUGUGUAUGAUGAGUCAACUGGUAUACCAGAUUAUGAACUGAUUAAAAAGGUUACCGCCUUGAAUCAAUUUCUCACCCAAACCAACAACCUUUGUCGAGAUAUUUCAGGAUUUAGAGACUUUGUCAAUCGGUUAAAGAAAAUGACCGAAGCUGAAAUUGAAAUAGUGGGGCGUGACAUAUCUUAUCCGCUUGAUAAUAUCUUUGAGAUUCACUAUAAUUUAACACAAAUUCGGAACUUUAGUGACUUUUUACUUGUCCCUUCAUUCAAAUUCUCGGAUGAUUUACAGUCAAUUAUUGCUAGGUUAUUACUGCCAGUAAAACCUGCCGUAAGAAUGUUCGACGAACUUUUGAAAGAAGUUAUUAUUAGUUUAACUGAAGCCGUUAAAGAUGGAAAUACCCAGAUGGCUUUUAAACUCAUUAGAAUCAUUGAACAUGAAAAUAAUGAAGAUUUGAAAGUUGUGCUUAAGCAAAAACUUCAUCUUUCAGAAACAUUAAAUCCGGUCACUACUAAUUACUCACAAUUCCGUAGCUCUAAACGUAACUAUAUGAAGUUUUUCUAUAAUAAGUUGGAAGAAAGUUUAGUGGAAACGUUUGACCAGUGUGUUGAACAUUUUGCAGAAGAUAGAUUGUUGGUGUAUGACAAUUUGGGUUGGCUUGAAGAUGAAUUGGUUUUUGUAGCCGAUACAUUGGCACCUAUUUUCCCUGCCCGUUGGGAUCUCAAUGGAUUCAUUCAAGAUGUAUAUUACAAUAAAUUGCAUAAUUUCACAAUGGAUGUCAUCAAGACAGACCCAUCAGCUGAAGAAUUGUUGAGAAUCCUCGCAUAUGACACACAUUAUGGUAAGUUCAUAACUUCAUUACAGGCAGAAGCUGAUACUACUGGAAAAUCUAAGAAGGAAAUCAAGUCAAUUGUUGGUGAAGAAUUAAAAAAGGUUGUUCUUGAUGAUUACUUGAAGGUGAUUAUUAGUAAAAUGGAAGAAUGGAACGACAAUUUAAUCAGACAGGAAUCUGAAGACUUUGUUCAAAGAGAUUCUCCACCAGAAACUUACACAUAUAAACAGGCAUUUGAUGAUGAGGCUGCAAACGAUCAAACUAUCACCUUGGAAGUGGAAUCGGAUGUAUUUGUCUUACCUGAUUUCAAGACUCCAUUGACAAUGCUCAAGGAACAGGCAGAUGUUGCAGCCGACUCUGGAUAUGGAAGUAUCUUAGUUGGUGUCAUUCAAAAUUGGUCUAGAUGUUAUGUCAAAAGAAUUGUAAAUUACAAAUUAAUUAUUGAAGAUGAAUUUGAAAAGUAUAUGUCUGUCUACAAUAAUGAUAGAUUCAUCACCCUGACAAGUUCUAGAAUGAGAUUCUUCAAGAAACUGAAACCUGAAGAGCCAUUGUUUGAUAUUGAAAAUAUGAGUCCUGACGAAUUGGCAGCUAUUUCAAAGCCUGGUCUUAUCGAGUAUUUAACUGCCUUGGGUAACACAUAUGAAAUUAAUACGGAUAGACUCCAAGAUAAAUUUUUAGUUACAUACAAGAAUAAGGUACAUUCGAGUUACCAAGGUGUUAUUCAAGAAGCAUUUGAAGAUACUGUCACACCAAGUACAGAACUUAACGGACAAGUUAUCCGUGCAAUCAUAGAUAUAAUUACUAAUGACUUGUACCCUGCAUUAUCAAAAGUAUUUACUAAAGAAUGGUAUGAUGAUAAACAAAAUCCAGAAGAACCAAGUAUGGUUCAACAAGUGCUUGAGACUAUUUAUGAAUACAUGCAAGAUCUUCGUGGAUAUGCAUCAUAUGACAUUUAUCUGUGCACUUUUGCACUCUUGUUGGAUGCAUUCAUUGCUUCAUAUAUUCGCAUUGGAUAUCAAAAUAUCCUUAAUGGAAAAGCGAAAAAAGUUGACCCCACUGCCACCAAGAAAUUCAAGUCAUUCAGCGAAGGAGUUGGAAGGGAUGUUACCCUUUUGUAUGGAGGAUUGGAGUCAUUAUUUACACGUCGUGAUUCGGCAUAUUUGUUGAAUAGUUUAAGAGCAAUUGAAUUCUUGGGUGAUUUAGCAACUUGUGAUGAUCCAUUAAAUUUCAUCCCUCAAAUGUGGGAGAAUGAAAUCUUGGGUUCAUUUUACUUCUGCUCAGUUGAAUAUAUCAGAGGUAUUUGUCUUUGUAGAAAGGAUAUGGAUAAGGCACAAGUCAACAUACUUAUCCCUGUUCUUGAAGAUAUCCAACGGACGUAUCAUGCAAAUGUAACACCACCACCACAAAUUACAGGAACUUUGAAUGAAUUUUAUUAUAAUUAG